ACAGCAGCAAAGACGCCACUGCUUUGUAUAUAAAAGCCGACUCAACAUCCAGUCACCACACGACUUCACACCCUGUAGAAGUUCAAGUGUCACUUUUGGUUAGUGAGUCGCCAUCGUCAUCAUGAAGGAGCUGUUGAUGCUGCUCGCGUUCGCGGCCGCCAUGGUGGCGGUUCAGGCUUCCAGGGGAAGAGGUGAAUGCCACGAGCUGAUACACGAUGUGAUGCAUAAAGAAAACAUGACGGAAAUCAUAGGAAGUUGUAUGGAGGAAAAUGGAAUCGUCUUUAAUCUAGAAGGGCCUGGACGCGGUCGACGACCCGGUGGCCGCAGAGGGCGUAACAGAGGAAAGAGAAGUCCUCAUAUGAUGCGGUUCAUUUCAAGUCUUUCUGAAGCAAAUCAAACAGCCCUAGCCGAGUGUAUCUUCGAGAAGGAAGACCUUCUCACAGAUGAUGGUUUGUUCGAUGCGACGACGUUCACAGAAGACUUGAUCGCCAAAUUAGAAGAAGCAGAGCAAACUACGCAAGCAGAGGCUAUGUUGACUGCCAUUGAGGACGGCGUUUGUGUAGUCGAGGAGAGCGAACCUAACUUGAUGCUGGUCUUCGAUUUCAUAAAGUGCCUCAAAGAGGUGUGUAAAGACGGAACUGGCCCAUCAUCUGAAGAAGCAUAAAAAUAAACACGGAAACAGCAAAGCAACGGUUACCGGAAAUCCUAUCGAUGAUCCUUUCAAAUUGAUUACUGUAAAUGCUGAUUCGAUUCAGAAUAUUUUGAAUCCAGAAUCUAAUCUCUUUUCUAUAUCUCUUCCUAAUAAAUCCUUAGCAUUCA